AUGACUGGACGCGGCAAGGGCGGCAAGGGCCUCGGCAAGGGUGGUGCCAAGCGCCACCGCAAGAUCCUCCGCGACAACAUUCAGGGCAUCACCAAGCCCGCGAUUCGCCGUCUGGCUCGUCGUGGCGGUGUCAAGCGUAUCUCUGCCAUGAUCUACGAGGAGACCCGUGGUGUCCUUAAGUCGUUCCUCGAGAGCGUUAUUCGGGAUGCCGUCACCUACACUGAGCACGCCAAGCGCAAGACCGUCACCUCCCUCGACGUUGUCUAUGCUCUCAAGCGGCAAGGCCGCACCCUCUACGGCUUCGGCGGCUAA